AGCUGGUUCCAGGGCUGGUUCUGGGCUAGAGCCAGACUUAGCACCAGUUCUUUGGUUUUACACAGCCUAAGCACCGGCUUCUGGUCUAGGAAAAGAACCACGUUACGUGCUUACGUCAGGGGCUGGGGGCGGGGCUACUGAACAACCAGCAGAGUAAACACGGAAGAGCGCCAUUUUUAAACAACGGAGCGUUGAAGACGGCGUUAGCAGACUCUUUUAUUAUUACAUCCAUUGAUUUAAUAAUGGAUGUAGAAAAGAAGCAGCAGUGGUCCGUGGAGGAGACAACCUGUCUCCUGGCAGUGUGGUCCUCCGCGGAGAUUCAGCGGAAGCUAGAGAGGGGGUCAAGGACCAAACCGGUCUUUAGAAAGAUCCAACGAGAAAUGGCUGGAGGAGGCUACGAGCGGAGCAUCGACCAGCUUGAAAACAAGCUGGAAACACUCAAGGAAGAUUACAGGGACCAGAAAUGGGACAUGGGGCGUAGCGGCAGUGGUCGGCCCCCAAAUAACCCACAUUUCGAUGUCCUCCAUGCUGUGCUCGGCCACCGACCGGCGUACAACACCACCGGAGCGCUGAACUCCAGGACGGCCAUGCGGGAGUCAGUCCUGCAGGGAUCAGCGCUGCAGCAACACUACACACAGGCUGACUUCACAGACCUGGGUGAGUCCCAGGAGCCGAUAACAAUACAUUCAACUCCCCUGAGGAGUAGCUCACCAUCGCCAUCUUCCUCCUCAAGCCACAGAUCAGGCCCACACCAGUCCAGACCAGGGAAACGCAAAAGAGACACGGACAUGUGGGACUACCUUGAGCAAGCGGACAAAAGGUUUCUGCAGCAGACCACAGACAUGAACACUGCGCUGCUGCAGGAGAUGCGUGAAAUGCGUGAGCAGUCGGCCGCAUACAUUGGACUGAUGGGACGCAUGGUGUCUCUGAUGGAGGCUCAACAGAAAUGAACAUUUCAUUUCCAGUUCUACUUAUUGUUGCACAGCACUGUCCACUUUUACACUUUUACUUUUUUCUAUAUAUUUUUUACUUUUUAAAUAAAGACAUUUUUGAAGUUGA